UGAAUCUUUUGUCAGACUAUCCCAAUUGGGUUUCGACGAUUCUUCGUCAAUCAUCGGCUCUCUUUUGGGUUAUUAACAAAAAUCUAUAUAAACUCAACUCGUUUUAUUUCUUUGUACAAAUUUGACUUUGAAAUUGCGUACAAUUCAAGCAGUUCUCAAUUCUUAGCAUUAUAUUCUUUUAUACACGAAAGAGACAGAGAGAGAUAUAAAGGGUGGUGUCAGCAGCAGGAAAACACCUUUUCUUUUUGACACUGCCAAUUUUGUUGCUUUAUGAGCAAAUUGGGAUCUAAUCUGAUCUGGGUUUUUCUGCUUCAGCUGUUUUUUUGUUAGUGGUGAGUCAUUCUUCCACUAUUUGAUUCUUUCUAUACCAUACCUUUUCCUUUCUCUUUAGAACCUGAAAUCAAAAGGUUAUGUGUCAUGAGUUUGAUGGGCAUGUUGAGCUGGAAGAAUCAUUCUUUUUAUCUCCCUCUUUCUCUCUUAUGUUGAUUUGAGCUUGUGGGCAUUGGAGACUCUUGAUGUUCAAUUACAUAUUUUGUAGCUGAAACUUUCUGGGGCAUUACAAUGCCUGUUAAGAAAUUUGUUGAUGAUGAGCAGAUAACCAUACACGUUAUGGGUUGGCUUAGCAAGAUUUUUAAAGGGUCCAAUCAUAAUAUUUCAGAAGGGCAUUACUAUGGAAAUUAUGGACAGGAUGCUAACUAUAAUGCACCUUCUACGUCAGGGGAAGCAUAUUUGGAGCAGGAAAAUGAGGAGGAUAUCGAUCGUGCUAUUGCAUUAUCCCUUUUAGAGGACAAUCACAUUGGAAAAAAUGUCGCAGAUGUUGAGAUUCAAUUGAAAGAAGAUGAACAACUUGCCAAAGCUUUACAAGAAAGUUUAAGCGUUGAAUCUCCUCCUCGACAUGGAAUUCCAUAUCAAGGAAAUGCAUAUCAGCCUUAUCCUAUCCACUUUCCAAUGGGAUUCAGGGUAUGCGCUGGUUGCAAUACAGAGAUUGGCCAAGGAAAAUUUCUAAAUUGCCUCAAUGCAUUUUGGCAUCCAGAAUGUUUCCGUUGUCAUGCUUGCGGCCUACCAAUUUCUGAUUACGAGUUCUCGAUGACUGGAAAUUACCCUUAUCAUAAAUUUUGCUACAAAGAGCGUUACCAUCCAAAGUGUGAAGUCUGUAAGCUCUUUAUUCCAACAAACCCUGCUGGUCUUAUUGAAUAUAGGGCUCAUCCUUUUUGGAUCCAGAAGUACUGCCCUUCUCAUGAACAUGAUGGUACUCCUCGGUGUUGCAGCUGUGAGCGAAUGGAGCCACAAGACACGGGAUAUGUUGCCCUUAAUGAUGGUCGGAAGCUCUGUCUUGAGUGCCUGGACUCUGCAGUCAUGGAUACCAAGCAUUGCCAACCCCUUUAUCUUGAUAUACAAGAAUUUUAUGAACGUUUAAAUAUGAAGGUGGAGCAGGACGUUCCACUACUAUUGGUUGAAAGACAAGCACUAAAUGAAGCCCGGGAUGGAGAAAAGAAUGGACAUUACCACAUGCCAGAGACUAGAGGACUUUGCCUUUCUGAGGAACAAACCAUUAGCACCGUAUCAAAGCAGCCAAGGUUUGGAGCAGGGAACCGAGCCAUGGGUAUGAUGACAGAGCCUUACAAACUGACACGUCGUUGUGAGGUUACCGCAAUUCUGAUUUUGUAUGGCCUCCCAAGGUUACUUACUGGGUCAAUCCUAGCUCAUGAGAUGAUGCAUGCAUGGAUGCGGCUGAAAGGUUUCCAAACUCUCAGUCAAGAUGUGGAAGAGGGUAUUUGUCAGGUGCUUGCACACAUGUGGUUGGAUUCAGAGCUCACACCCACUUCAGGAAGCAAUAUCGCAUCAUCCUCUGCAUCCAGGACAACAAAAAAUGGUACAAGAUCUCAAUUUGAGAGAAAGCUUGGGGAUUUUUUCAAGCAUCAAAUUGAAUCAGAUACUUCCCCGGUUUAUGGAGAUGGAUUUAGAGCUGGUCAGCAAGCAGUGCAAAAAUAUGGUCUCGAAAGAACACUUGAUCAUAUACGAAUGACAGGGAAGUUUCCAUAUUGAAGUUCUAAACUAGAAGUAGUCCUUGCACAAUAUGACGUCCCAUGUUGAAUCUCACACCUUGGUGCAUGGAGAUGGAUAAAGAGCCAACUAGAAAGCAGUGGACAAAUAGGGCCCUUGAAGGACAGCAGACCUUAUUAAGAUGAUAGGGAGGUUUCCGUAUUAAAUUCUUGAACAGUGAGUUCUCACAAUACUUUUCUAUCCAUAGUUAAAGCUAGGCCUUUUCCAAUAUGAGCCCAGGGCUGAAGCAUAAGCGUUGAUUCUACAGAGAGGAGCUUCACGAGAGCUGAUUUUUAUGUUUUGUAGGCUGUAAAGACAUUGAAUUUUUUUUUUGGAUAAAUUAAUAAUCUCAUGAUGGAAUUCCAUUCA